UUUAUGGCGUCCGUCAGAAACCAACUCACAGGGCCAUAACCAUGUUUCCAUAAAUAAAUAAAGUGGGGAUGUCAUCUGUUUCACAUAGCUAAGUCCAGAUCGAUUAUAAAAAUUUACAUUGGCGGAGAUGCCAUUAUAUUCCACACAUCAUCAUUCUGCUUGGAAAGUUGUGAAUUGUGAACCAAUCAGUGUGUAAGUAUUUUGAAAGUUUACGUGUCGGCACCAUUAACGACAGCACGUGCAGCUUUUUCUCCAUGCCGAUUGCCGAGUAAAACGAUAUCAAUAGCGUUAUUCUCGUGCUGGAUCCAUUACUCUGUUCGAUACUAGUUGGUGUUGGGUUUUGGUUUUUUGGAGUCGUUCUCCCGAGAAAGAACCAGUUUUGGAGAGAAAUGGCGGGACCGGCGAGGCCUCAAUUCGUUCUUUUCGGAUCCUCCAUUGUCCAAAUGAGCUUCGGCCAUGGUGGUUGGGGUGCCACUCUCGCUGAACUCUACGCUCGCAAGGCAGACAUUGUGCUGCGAGGGUAUUUUGGGUGGAACUCACGACGUGCUCUCGAGGUCCUGGAUCAGGUUUUUCCCAAGAACGCUGCUCUACAGCCUUCCUUGGUGAUAGUUUAUUUUGGCGGUAACGAUUCAAUGGGGCCUCACUCAUCUGGCCUUGGCCCUCAUGUACCACUCCCUGAAUACAUUGAGAACAUGAGAAAGAUUGUGACUCAUCUCCAGAGCCUUUCAAAGCAAACACGCGUCAUUGUUUUAAGUUGUCCUCCUGUCAAUGAGGCCAAGAUUCGUGAAAACAAAAGUGAGUUUAUAAGUGAGCUUGCUAGGACAAAUGAGUUAUGCCAAAGUUACUCAGAAGCUUGUAUAGAGCUGUGCCAAGAAAUGGGUGUGAAGGUUGUCGAUCUUUUUACUGCACUUCAAAAAAGAGAUGAUUGGAUGGAAGCAUUCUUCACAGAUGGGAUUCAUUUAUCAGCUGAAGGGAGCAAGAUGGUUGUUGGGGAGAUACUGAAGGUGCUCAAGGAAGCUGACUGGGUGCCUUGUCUACACUGGAAAUCUAUGCCGACAGAAUUUGCUGAGGAUUCCCCAUAUGAUCUUGUGGCUGCUGAUGGAAAGACAACCUUGAAUCCCUCGGACUGGACAUACUACUUUGAGAAUCAGUGGGACUAGUUUGCAGAAUCAAACAUAAACGAAAAUAAUAAUACAUCUCUCUCUCUCUCUCUCUCUCUCUCUCUCUCUCUCUCUCUCUCUCUCAUAUACAUAUAUAAACUUGUUGUAGUUGGCUAUUCAUCAUUCAGAAAAUUAAGGAAUUAUCAUGCA